GAGUCCAGGAGAGUCCAGCUGAGUCUAGCCUAGUCCAGGAGAGUCCAGGUGUGAGGCAGCAUGGAUAAAGUCCGGAGGAUUCUGGUUCAUGUGUGUAAGGAGCGCUCGGCUCCACAGAGAGCUCAGUUCGUUCAGAGCAUCGUGGGUCACUUCAGUGACGGAGGAGAGGACGAGGUGGAGGUGGACCUGUCUCUGGAGAAAAACCACUUCAUUCUUUACCAAGCAGAGAAAGGACGAGGGACGCCUCUGAAGAGGCCCGCCUUCUGCCCCAUCAAACACCUGUCCGUCAACGAGGCUUCUGCGAUCCCAUUGGACGUCCAGCAGCGUGGAGUUGAUGUGGGCGUGGCCAUCAUCCUGCAGACGGCCAAUCAGAGAGUGCUGCUGACGCGGCGGGCGGGGCAGCUGCGGAUCUUUCCCAACGUCUGGGUCCCUCCAGGCGGACACGUCGAGCCGGACGAGACGCUGGUGGAUGCAGGUCUCAGGGAGUUGGAGGAGGAGACUGGACUCCAGCUGGCAGCAGACGGAGCUGCCAGAGUUUUGGGCCUGUGGGAGUCUGUGUUUCCUCCCAUGCUGUCCAGAGGACUUCCUCAGAGACAUCACAUCGUCAUCUACCUGCUGCUGCACUGCUCGCUGUCUCACCUGCAGCUGCAGGCGUCUCUGAGUCCGUGUCCUGCUGAGGUCAGUGGUUGUGUGUGGGCCGACAGUCAGCUGGUCAGAGCCGUGGUGUCGGCCGUGGACGGAGAGGACGCCGCCGCGGUGCGGCCAGACGGCCUGCAGAGCGCCGUCAGCGUGUCUCAGGUCUCAGCAGACGGCGCGCUGACUGACUCCACGCUGCCGCUGGAAGUGUUCGUGAGCCGGGCGCCAUUCAGCGGCCCGGACGUGGAGCGGGUCAGCACCGGGACCAAGUUCGCCCUGGAGCUGUGGCUGAGGAGCCUGGAGACCCCUGACCCCUGACCCCUGACCCCUGAAACUGACUCUGUUUUGUUUUAUGGACUCUAAUGUUGAUGUUCUGAUGGCUGGAUAUCUAACCGGCGUUUGUAAGGUCGACGUAUUAAAACUGGACUUAAAUAAACAGUUCUGCAUUAAAACGUCUGAAUUCCAACAGGUGGUCUGACAGAAGGAGAGCGGUCUGGCUGCAGACCUCCAGUGUCAGGACCGGAAAUAACAAACAUUUUGUCGUCUCUUAAAUAUAUAUUGUAUUUUUUAUUUCUAUGCACCAUUAUCUCGUGAUAACAACUUAUUAUUUUGUUAUCUCGAUAUAACAAAGAUCGUUUUCUCAUGAUAAAUUAAAUAAAUGUAGGUUUUGAGGCUUAAUUAGGCUGUUUUGAGGGAAGUGCCUGACGCACGACGCAAGUCAUUAUCAACAUAUAGGCUAUGAAUGGAUUUAAUUUUGACACUUGAUGUGUGCUAAUGCAAUAAUAAUGCUGGUAGACUUAUAAUGCAGUGUAUAAAUUCAUGUUUUUCGUGUUAGUCUUGAUUCAUUAAAAAUCAAUUAAUUAAAAAUAAAUCAACAAAAAAAGCGGCUUCUUCCAAAACUGUGUAUACAGUUUUAUUAUGAAUUUUCUUGCCCACAAAAAGUUUAUUUCUCGUCCGGACACUGGAGGAAGCCUGAGAGUGGAGCAGAUAACCAGAUCGUCAGAUAACCAGAUCGUCAGAUAUCCUGAUCGUCAGAUAUCCUGAUCGUCAGAUAACCUGAUCGUCAGAUAACCAGAUCGUCAGAUAACCUGAUUGUCAGUCAACCGUUAGCCAUCGUUAGCAUAACUUAUUUAUUGCAAACCAUCCACAUUCUCUCUUACCAUUCGGCAAUUUGCAAACGUAACCUGUGGUGUUUGUAUUUAUACGCAGGAGUCCUUUAAGAGAUGACAAAAUGUUUGUUUUGGUUCUUUUGGCUUCAUCAGACCGGGACCUCCAGCACUCGUAGGGGCGGUUUGCAGCCGAGUGCGAAGCGGUUGGGAUGAGAGUCAGCACCUCCAAGUCUGAGGCCAUGGUUCUCUGGGUGGAGACAGGUACUGCCCCCUCUGGGUGGAGAGAGGUACUGCGAAGGAGCUGAGCCAGAAGGCAAAGUUCUUGAUUUACCGCUCCAUCUACGUUCCAACCCUCACCUAUGGUCAUGAGCUUUGGGUAGUGACCUAAAGAACAAGAUUAGAUCCCCUUAGAGAUAGGGGGAGGAGCUCGGAGUAGAGCAGCUGCUCCUUCUCCUCUAAAGGAGUUAGCUGAGGAGGUUUGGGCAUCUGGUAAGGAUCCUCCCGGGCGCCUCCCGUUAGAGGAGUUCCAGGUCCAACUGGUAGGAGGCCCCGGGGAAGACCCAGAACACGGUGGAGGGAUUAUAUCUCUCUCCUGGCCUGGGAACGCCUCGGGGUCCAGGAGGAGCUGGACGUUGUGGCUGGGGAGAGUGACGUCUGGAAGGCUCUGCUUAGCCUGCUGCCCCCGCGACCCGGUCCCGGACAAUUACUUAGAGCACGAUGAGGGAAAAAAAAGCUAAAAGAAUCUAUUUGCAGUCUUGAAAAUAGUGACCCUGAAAGAUUGACAGUCUUUGUAGAAUCUCAGUGUGAGACUAGUCUGUGACUAAAAUCUCCUAACACUUGUCUUUAGAUGUGAGCAGGUGUGAGCUGAUUGUCUUCCAGGAGUCUUUUCCAAAUCUUUUCAAAGUCUUCUGGUGUAGAGGUAGCAUUAUCGAUUUAUUUGAGAGCACGUCACAAGUGAAUGUUUAGACCUGCUUCUAGAGUCUAGACGAAGCCCAGGCUUAAUUAUUUUUAGGUACACAAUCUAUGAAUCUAGAGGGGAAAGUAGCUAAAGUUAAUGUUAGGCUGUAACGUCGAACCAUCUUGUUUAUUUUCUUUUUCAUGCAUGAUAACAGCUAGCUAGCUAGCAGACAGGGAUCCUGCACAGCCUGCUUCUUUUACUGUAGCUGCUAAUGUGUUAAAUGGAAAAACAAUCAGUUGUUACCUAGCUAGCUAAUGUCAGUACAUGGGUGCGAACUAAAUGUUGUCUAAACGUUUUCACCUUCUUCACCUGUGAUAUGACAGGUUUGCAGUGCACCCCUGUAUUUAAUUGUGUGUUCUUAGGGUAUGUGGACAAUGUCUCUAUGUCUAAAAAAUGUCGGCGCGCGCAUCUGCUUAACACUUCUAGGCUGAGCCUCGGAUGUGUCAAAAUCCUAGCGACGCCCCUGUCAUGCACCCCCUGGGGUGCGCGCACCACACUUUGGGAAUCCCUGGUAUAGUGGGAGAUUAAGUAGAUUUUUCAGUUAUGGCCAAAUGAGGUUGACAUAUUGUUCACAGUGUACAACAUUAAGUGGACAGCAUGUAUAUUCCAAAAAGGUAUUUAUUCUAAAUAAACAAAGUAACAACAAUUUCUGAAAUAAUUAAAGAAAUUUAUUAAACUCAUUGCAGACAGUAUUAUGUUAUUUCAUCAUACAUUACAGCAACAUUACUUUGUUUGAUAUUUUAUUGCAUUAUAAACUAAUUUUUAUUAAAAAAUGUAAAAGUCUGGUUUUAUUUCAUGAUUACAUUGUUCCCAGUGACACUUUAAUUUAUAAACCAAAACAUAUGAAGUUGAAUGAACCAAAUAUCUGAUCUCAUCAUUAAGAAUAUAUGUAAUCUAAUCUUAUUAAUAUUAUCAAUGAAAUGUCAGAAAAUAGUGAAAAAUCUCUGUUAUAAAUCCCCACAGCACACACACAUGAAUUCAAAAGUCUUGUAUAAUAAUAAUAAUAAUAAUAAUAAACCAACACGUUUUAAUAUGAGUAAAUAUAAGUUAAUGACCAUAUAUGACAAAGAAAAGCAUUAAAUAUUUAUAUUUGAAAAGCCAGAACUGUUUGGCAUGUUUUGAUAUGCUAUAUUAACUCAAAUGAAGAAAGAUGUUUUUACUCAUGAAAGUAGAUUUGAAUGAUUCAACACAACAUUAAAGUUUAAAGGUGUAUUUUCACUGGAGUUGAUUCCAAUCAGAUCUCAUUUAUAUUAUCUGACCUAUAAAAUGUGAAAAAUAAUAAAACAUUGCCUGUUAUAAUUUCCCACAGCCCAAACAGAUCAAUUCAAAUGUCUUGUUUUAAUAAACCAAUAGUAUCUCUAUGUUUAAAUAUCAGUAAAUAUAAGUUUAUGACCAAUAAAAGCAUUAAAUCUUUAAACUGGAGAAGCUGGAACCAGCAGAUAUUUGACAUUUGAGCUUGUAAAAAGACUAAAAUGAUUAUAUUUGAUUAUAAAAACAGCUGCAACGAGUUGAUUAAUCAGCUAAUUGUUGCAUCUCUAUUCUCACACAUCACACAAAGACUCUGAGGAAAGAAACACACUUUUCUCAGAUUAACAGCAAAUCUAAAUUAAAGCUCGUCCUUUCUUUUCUUCUCCUCCUUGUGGAAGGCUUUUCCAUCUGCCUGCUUCCUAAAGCUCAGUGUGACGUCGUCAUUCACCCCCUGGUCCCUCAGCUUCUGUUUGAACUGACAAACAUUAUUACUCACACAGAGAUUUAAUUCAAGGUCAAAUAUUUUCAUAGAAGAGGUUGACAUAUCGGUCACAGUGUACAACAUUAAACGGACAGCAUGUAUAUUCCAAAACGGUAUUUAUUCUAAAUAAACAAAGUGAAGCAAACAAAAACACACAAUCUAUUGACUAUAGAGAUCUACACAGUCUAAUCUUAAUAUUAUUGCUGACAGUCUAAUCUGCAUUUUUCUUUACAUUUCAUCUUCUGGAAACUUCUUUUUCAGACUUUUUUUCCUCACAUGAUAGUUUGUGACUUUCCCUGUUUCUUCUCCUGUAAACGCUCGGGCUUUUCUCACAUUGCUGGAUUGUAUUUGGACAUUUUCUUGGUGCGUUUGGUGGCAGAUAGUUUAUUAUUAAAGUUUAUUAUUUGAAAUGUUUCUUUAUCUGUUUCUUUUACUGCUUUAAUGUGAAUU